AAAAAUGCAGUUUACGUUGCUUAUAGAUCUAGCUGCUGCUUUCCCCAGCUCCAGCUCCAAGAUGGGGAAAUCCUUCGCCAACUUCAUGUGCAAGAAGGACUUUCAUCCUGCCUCCAAAUCCAACAUCAAAAAAGUAUGGAUGGCAGAACAGAAAAUAUCAUAUGAUAAGAAGAAACAAGAAGAAUUAAUGCAGCAAUAUCUUAAAGAACAAGAAUCAUAUGAUAACAGAUUGCUUAUGGGAGAUGAACGUGUAAAGAAUGGCUUUAAUUUCAUGUAUGAAGCCCCACCAGGAGCUAAAAAAGAAAACAAAGAGAAAGAAGAAACAGAGGGAGAGACUGAAUACAAAUUUGAAUGGCAGAAAGGAGCCCCACAAGAAAAAUAUGCCAAAGAUGACAUGAACAUCAGAGAUCAACCCUUUGGUAUUCAGGUUCGAAAUGUGAGGUGCAUUAAAUGUCACAAAUGGGGUCAUGUUAACACAGAUCGAGAAUGUCCUUUGUUUGGUCUUUCUGGAAUCAAUGCAAGUUCGGUUCCCACUGAUGGCUCAGGGCCAUCGAUGCACCCCUCGGAGCUAAUAGCGGAGAUGAGAAACAGUGGGUUUGCACUAAAACGAAAUGUACUGGGGAGAAACUUGACCGCAAAUGAUCCAUCACAGGAGUAUGUUGCAAGUGAGGGUGAAGAAGAUCCAGAAGUUGAAUUUUUAAAGUCACUAACAACCAAACAAAAACAGAAACUUCUCAGGAAAUUAGAUCGACUGGAGAAGAAAAAAAAAAAAAAGAGAAAAAAGAAGAAAAAGCUUCAGAAGAGCAGAAGUAAACACAAAAAACAUAAAUCCUCUUCUUCUUCCUCUACUGAGACUUCAGAAAGCAGUAGUGAGAGUGAGAGUGACAAUAAAGAAAAAAAAAUAGAAAGGAAGAAAAGAAAGAAAAGCAGGUGUUCAGGGCAGAACAGCAGUGAUUCUGAAGAGAAGUCUAAGAAGAGAAAACUUCAUGAAGAACUUUCCAGCAGUCACCAUAACAAGGAAAAGCCCAGGUUCUUAGAACAUGGGAGUUCUAGGGAGAACAGCAAACGGAGCCAUUCCGAUUCUGACAAAAAGUCCAGAAGCCGUAAUCAUAGCCCAGAGAAGAGAGGCUCUGAAAGAAAUGAGGGGAGUGGCAGAAGCCACGGCAGGGAUGAAAGGAGCAGGAGAAGCCGGAGCAGAAGUCCUGGUAGUUAUAAGCAAAAGGAGUUAAGAAAAUGGCCACAGCGAAGUCCCGCAGAAGAGCAAAGUAGAAGAAAUGACACCAGCAGCCAUGGCAUAGAUGUAUACAGAGGGGAAAAAAUGUACAGAGAGCACCCAGGAGAUAAGCAUGCUAAAGUGACACAAAGAGAAUGAAGCAGAAGUAGAAAGAGAAUAAAGACUGUAUGUGACAGUUACCUGGGAAUAAAAUAUCUCCACAUUUUUAUUGAAUACAUUUAGCAAGGGCUAAAUUAUGUACUAUUGUCUUUCUAAUAAAAAAAAAACCUCAACUUUAA